UACUCAUUUAUUAGUCUGCUGUUUAAAAUUUUCAAGCCUUAAUUUUUUUUCUCUACAAAAUUGAAAGAGGCGCUAUUGCUACUGCUACUUGCGCCGCUCCCGCCUGUAAAACACCGUAACACUCGCUGAUCAACGCCCGUUUCAGGCGGUAGUUGCGGCGGUGGUGGUCGAAGAUGCCGUCAAUGGCUAAUUCACACUACAAACAAACUAAUGGCACUAUUUCCAACAAUGAUUCCAGGAGGCAAAAGAUUUUGGAGCAGAGAAAAUCUCUUCCUAUUGCUGCCGUUGAGAAAAGGCUAGUGGAGGAAGUUCGUAAUAAUCAUACUUUGAUUAUUGUUGGUGAAACUGGAAGCGGCAAAACUACCCAAUUGCCACAAUAUUUGUUCAAAGCUGGGUUCUGCCAUGAUGGAAAGUUGGUUGGGGUUACUCAACCUAGGCGUGUUGCUGCUGUUACUGUGGCGAAAAGAGUGGCUGAGGAGUCUGGUGUGCAAUUAGGACAAAGAGUUGGAUAUUCAGUUAGAUUUGAUGACAUGACUUGUGGAUCAACGAGGAUCAAGUACAUGACGGAUGGGUUAUUAUUAAGGGAAGCAUUAUUGGAUCCUCGUCUAUCUAGGUAUUCAGUCAUUGUUGUUGAUGAAGCUCAUGAGAGAACAGUUCACACUGAUGUGUUACUGGGCUUGCUAAAAAAUGUUCAGAAAGCUAGAUCUCAAUCUGCAAAUGAGUCAGUUGGUAGAGCAAACUCAAAUAAUGACACUAAUUUGGAAAAAGCCAAUGGGGUUCAAAUGGCUAGCCCACUCAAGCAAGGCCAAGUUGCAAAACUUCCUCCUCUAAGGCUGAUAAUUAUGUCUGCCAGUUUAGACGCACGUAUAUUCUCUGAGUACUUUGGUGGCGCAAAGGCUGUUCAUGUUCAGGGAAGACAGUUCCCUGUUGAUGUAUUUUAUACACUACAUGCUGAGACGGAUUAUGUUGAGGCCGCAAUGGUGACAAUAUUUCAGAUUCAUUUAGAGGAGGCUCCUGGUGAUAUACUUGUAUUUUUGACUGGUCAAGAAGAGAUUGAAUCCGUAGAAGGACUUGUGAGGGACAAAUUGCCACAAUUACCUGAAGGCAAUCGAAAUAUUGUAACUGUUCCUAUAUAUGCGUCUCUUCCCUCAGAACAGCAAAUGAAAGCUUUUAUGCCUGCGCCAGACGGAUUUCGAAAGGUAAUUCUAGCAACAAACAUUGCUGAGACGUCAGUCACAAUACCGGGAAUCAAGUAUGUUGUAGACCCUGGAGUGGUCAAAGCCCGGAACUAUAAUCCACGUACAGGGAUAGAAUCAUUAAGCAUUAUUCCUACUUCAAAAGCACAAGCUCUUCAAAGGAGUGGACGUGCAGGGCGGGAAGGACCGGGUAAAUGUUUCCGCCUGUAUACAGAGAGAGAAUUUGAGAAACUUGCUGACUCCACGGUGCCAGAAAUCAAGCGAUGCAACCUCUCAAAUGUCAUUUUACAGCUCAAAGCUCUAGGCAUUGAUGAUAUUAUUGGCUUUGACUUCAUGGAAAAACCUUCACGGAUGGCAAUUGUGAAGUCUCUGGAAGAAUUAUUCUUGCUUGGGGCUCUAACAGAGGAGUAUAAGCUUUCAGAUCCUAUUGGGAACCAGAUGGCUAAACUUCCAUUGGAUCCAAUUUAUUCUAAGGCUCUCAUUUUGUCUAGCCAAUUCAACUGCUUGGAAGAAAUGUUGAUAGCUGUCUCAGUGCUCUCUGUUGAAUCAAUUUUUUUUACACCACGUGAAAAGCAAGAAGAGGCUAGGACUGCUAUCAAACGUUUUUCAAGUCCUGAAGGAGACCACAUAACCUUGAUUAAUGUGUAUAAAUCAUGUGAUGAGUUCUUGGAGAGUGGCAAUGCUAACAGCAGCAAGGAGAAAACUUUCAAGAAUAUGAAGAAAUGGUGCAAAGAGAACUUUGUAAAUGGUCGCUCGCUUAGACAUGCUCGUGAUGUACACAGCCAAAUUCGAGACCAUGUCAAGCAAAUGGGUCUUCGUAUUGCUUCAUGUGGAGAGGAUAUGCUUCUGUUUCGCAGAUGCCUUGCAGCUUCCUUUUUUCUUAAUGCUGCUUUGAAACAGCCUGAUGGUACAUAUAGGGCUUUGGCAAGCAGUCAGAUGGUGCAAAUCCACCCAACUUCUGUGUUGUUUCGGGCAAAACCAGACUGCAUAAUAUUCAAUGAAUUGGUCAGGACGAAUCAGAACUAUAUCCGCGAUGUUACGAGAAUUGACCCCAUGUGGUUAACAGAGCUGGCUCCUCAUUUCUAUGCCAGACAAGAUUAACAUUUGUACCAAAUUACGAAAAGAGAAGCAGUGGAUUAUGCUACAUCAGACAACUAGAGUGGCAACAGGUAUCUUCUGCCCAAGAAUUUGCCAGCUUUUGCACUUGUCGGACACUGCAUGACCCAUUCACUUAUAGCUCGUGGAAAUCAAAUUUGUUCAAGUGUUAAUGCCUCAAUGGGAGUGUGAGGUCGCACAUUUCUCAAGCUAUUUUCUGUUGCAAGGGGCUGAGGGCAUAUGGUAUGUUCAAUGGUGCAGUUACAUGGAAAAUCAGAUCAAAAGGACAGUAUAUUGACAGUGAUUGAUUUAUUCAAUUGGAUCACUCUACGAAAGACUUCAGAAUUCAAACUGCAGGAAGGAUUACAGGUUCCCUUGACGAGACCAUUAACGAAUCGUUAACUUAGUAAGAUUAUCCUUGUAUUGUAACUAUGAUGCAGUAACAAUAUGCAAUAUGGUCUAAAUACAUACAAUUAUAAGAGCAUUGUCUUUUUCCUCA